CCCCACAGAAAAUGCACAGCAAAGGAAAACUAAAGAGGAAGAAAAUGCUUUGAACGGAACAACCAACUGACACUCGAAUUAAAAACCGAUAUGAGUUCCGGCAGCGGCGGCGGCGGCAGCAGUAGCAACCGUGAGAAUGAGAAGGCGAGGGUGAGCCGCACCUCUCUGAUUCUCUGGCACGCCCACCAAAACGACGCCGCGGCGGUGCGGAAGCUUCUUCAAGAAGAUCCCUCCCUUGUCAAAGCCAGAGACUACGACAACCGCACCUCGCUCCACGUCGCUUCCCUCCAUGGCUGGAUCGACGUCGCCAAAUGCUUGAUCGAGUUCGGCGCCGACGUCAACGCUCAAGAUCGUUGGAAAAACACUCCUCUUGCUGAUGCUGAAGGAGCUAAAAGGAUUGAUAUGAUCGAGCUUCUGAAAUCACAUGGAGGCUUGUCUUAUGGCCAAACCGGGAGCCAUUUUGAACCCAAGCCUGUUCCGCCUCCGUUGCCUAACAAGUGUGAUUGGGAAAUUGAACCUUCCGAGCUAGACUUUUCCAGUUCCGUGCGUAUCGGGAAGGGAUCUUUUGGUGAGAUUUUGAAAGCCCAUUGGCGUGGAACUCCAGUUGCUGUUAAACGCAUUCUUCCCUCUCUUUCAGAAGAUAGAUUGGUGAUUCAGGACUUUAGGCAUGAGGUCAAUUUGUUAGUGAAGCUUCGACACCCCAACAUAGUUCAAUUUCUUGGAGCUGUUACUGAAAGGAAGCCCCUUAUGUUAAUUACUGAGUAUCUAAGAGGGGGUGAUCUUCAUCAGUACCUCAAAGAAAAAGGUUCACUUAGUCCCUCCACUGCUAUCAACUUUUCCAUGGAUAUUGUUAGAGGAAUGGCCUAUCUUCACAAUGAACCAAAUGUUAUAAUUCAUAGAGACUUAAAGCCAAGGAAUGUUCUUUUAGUUAAUUCUAGUGCCGACCAUUUAAAAGUUGGAGAUUUCGGAUUGAGUAAGCUUAUCACCGUUCAGAAUUCUCAUGAUGUAUACAAGAUGACUGGUGAAACUGGGAGCUAUCGCUAUAUGGCUCCUGAAGUUUUCAAACAUCGGAAAUAUGAUAAGAAGGUUGACGUCUACUCCUUUGCAAUGAUUUUGUAUGAGAUGCUUGAAGGUGAACCUCCUUUUGCAAGUUAUGAACCUUACGAUGGAGCAAAACAUGCUGCUGAAGGACAUAGGCCUAAUUUUCGGGCAAAGGGUUAUACCCCCGAUUUGCAGGAAUUAACACAAGAGUGUUGGGCUGCUGACAUGAAUAGAAGACCUUCUUUCAUUGACAUCCUUAAACGGCUUGAAAAGAUCAAAGAUAAUUUACCUUCAGAUCAUCACUGGCACUUGUUCGCAUCUUAAAAAUGUCUCAGAACAUUGAUAUGUUCAGAAAUUCAAAUGAUUUAUUUGCCAUUACCAUUCUGGUGGUUUGCCUUCGUUGUUGCUGCCGGAUUUAUGGACUGGUAGAGCCAACUGGAAAACUUGCAAAGUCAAUACUUGUUUUCAUCUGUUUGUAUAAUUGACCAGAAAAGGCGAUGUUGAUUGCUUUUCUUUGGGUUUCUACGUUCCAAUUCUGCUUCCACAUUAGAGCUCCGUUCCAUUCAAAGGAGCAUACGCAAGGUAUUGCUAAGUGUAAUGUGUAUGUAAGUGUACAAACUAAUUGAGGAAGUAGGCCACAUUGUGCUAUCUGUGUUCUAUGUUUCAUCUUCUUUGGAUUUAAAAAAUCGUAGCUGCCAUUCUUGUA